GGAUCCCGGCGGGGCUGUUUAUCUGAUCUGUCGUUGCCCCCUAUGCACAAUGCAGCUCGUAGAUCCCUGUACUACAUGAGAUGAGAGCUACUGGGGACUCUUUACGUCACCACUCAUUCGUAGUACAACUGUAUGAACGAAUCUUUAAUAUCAACUUUGCAAAAAAUGGGUUAUGCUACCUGGUAUGACCUCACCGUUAUGGACAAUUUAAAUACCCGUUGUUUACGAGUUGUAAUAACUACCUAGUAUGAUAUAUCACUUCUCUAUUAUACGCAGGUACAGCUGUCUACCUUGUAAACCACCACCAACAUCUAAUUCCUUACUGAUCUACUCUAUAUCCUAAGAAUUAUUAUCUAAAACUCUUCCGGUAAAGAUCGUCUACAUUCACCUCCCCUAAUAUGGCAGACACACACCAAUUUGACGCUCGAAAGCUUUUCGGCGUCGAAGACUUCGUAGCCGUAGUCACCGGCGGCGGGACCGGCAUUGGGCUGAUGGCCGCCCAAGCGCUCUCCGCCAACGGGGCCAAAGUGUACAUCACCGGGCGGCGCAAAGAAGUCCUUGAGGACUCCGCUAAAAGCCACCAACCAGCACCAGGCGUCAGUAAGGGGCAGAUUAUCCCCAUCGGACCGUGCGACGUGACGAGUAAAGACGACCUCGAGAAGCUGGUGGCGGAAAUCGGGAAGCGGGAGAAGUGCAUCAACCUACUAGUAUGCAACGCGGGGAUCGCGGGGCCCAAGGCGGAGCCCAAGGCCAGCGACGCGGACGACCUCAAGGCGCAGCUGUGGGACAACGAGGAUCCGGCGGGGUGGAGCGAAAACUUCAACACCAACGUCACGGCCGUCUACUUCACGACCGUGGCGUUCCUGCCGCUGCUGCAGGCGGGCAUUAGGCCCAAGGGCAAACUGGAGCCGUUCUCGACCUCGGUUAUCACGAUUUCGUCCAUGUCGGGCAUCAUGAGCCGCCACGCGCAGGGGCAUUUUUCGUAUAACACGGCAAAGGGUGCUACGGUGCAACUGACGAAGCUCAUGAGUGCGGAGUUUCAGAAGGCGCAGAUCAGGGUUAAUUCUAUUGCGCCGGGGUAUUUCCCUAGCGAGAUGACCGCAAAGGAGAGCGACGAGAACCAAAAAAGCUAUGUGCCGCCCGAGACAAUCCAGGAUAAAGGGCACGUUCCAUUGAUGAGAGCAGGGCGCGAGGAGGAGAUGGGCAUGACUGUUCUGUACCUUGCCAAGAACCAGUAUGUCAACGGGGAGAUUAUCGCUGUCGAUGGCGGUGUCUUGAACGUCUUAGGGGGUCGGUAAAAUGACUCGAUCGAUCAAAGAGCUAAUGCUCCAAUUCAGAGUGUUAGUAUAAAAUAAUUCUACAUUUAGAAUCUAUUAGACGGUAAUGGAGUUCUAUAUUAGGUCCGUCAUCUGGGGGGCUAGAUAAAAUAGGAUAUUAAUUAUCUCAUGUUGAUAUAGAUAUCCUCCGGUAUUAAAUACUGAUAAUAUGAAUAACAAAUCGCUUGUCGGUAUGGCCUAUGA